AGCUCGAGCAAUGGAGGCGGGGGAGCAGCAGGAGGAGGGUUCUUCAACUUCUUGAUGGCUUCGGCAUCGUCCGAUGAAGCCCAAGCCAAGCAUCAGCAAACCAUUCCAGUACCGGUACCUGUGAGGAUGUUCCAAUGCAACUACUGCACGCGGAGCUUCCACACUUCUCAAGCUCUCGGAGGACAUCAGAACGCCCACAAGAAGGAGCGUGCAUCCGGGAACCGUCGGCCGGCAACGGUCAUUUCCGGUUCCAAUAUUCCCGAGCAAACCACUGCCCCUUGGCUCCCCUUGCCGCCACCUGGAUACAUCUACUUCUACGGUAAUGUGACUCCGACGAUGACGAGCUCUGGCGGUGCUACUCCAUCUCCUGGAGCUGGAUCUGAACCGGAUGUUGAUACAUCCUUGCAUCUGUAGAGGAGAAGCUUCAUGGAUAUGAGGUUAAUUUGGUUCUUCUUUUC